CGCCACGACAGUUAGAAAGAGCGCGCGAACCGAUCAACGACUUUCCUCUCUCUCUCUCCUCAUUUCUUCACGCAGACGCGACGGAGCUCUCGAAAUUCCCCAUAUGUUGUCGCGGCGUCGGUUGAAUCCUCCUAGGGCUUUCCAUCCCUUUCUCCUGUGUUUCGUCCUUUUUCUUAGCUGGUUUCCUGGAUCUAUAUUGUCAGCAGUUGUAACGCUUGAUUCCAUAGAGAUUUUCAAAACGCAUGAAUGGCUAGCCAAACCAACAGUUUACUUUCAGUGUAAAGGGGAGAACAAGUCCGUUUUGCCAGAUGUAAAGGAGAAACACGUCGCUUAUACCUUCAAGGGUGAAGAAUCUUGGCAGCCCUUGACAGAUUUUCCAAAUAAAAAAUGCAAGAGAUGUGGGUUCUACGAAAAAGACUUCUUUAAAUCUGAUGAAUUUGAUGAGUGGGAGUUUUGCCCUUCUGAUUUUACUGAACCUGAUGGAAGAUAUACCCAUUUCACGGACAAGGAAUUCAAUGCUACUUUUUUGUGUUCCGAGUGUGUGAGCCAUGGAAUCGAUUCUAACCAUCCCUCUGGCUCACACAAUGGAGGGAAAGGAAUGCAUUGGGUUCUAAUUUUAACACUCAGCAUUUUGGUUUCGGUUGUCUCCAUUGUUGGAUCGGUCACUGCAUACAAGUUUUGGCAGAAGAGACAGAGGGAAAAAGAGCAGGCCCGGUUUCUAAAGCUCUUCGAGGAAGUGGAUGACAUUGACGAUGAAUUGGGCCUUGGGCCUUUGAAUGGCAUAAUCUAACGAUCACACCUCUUAUACAGUUAUACUUCCGCAACCAAAAGCUCUUUGUAUAGUUCGCACAUAAACGAUUGUAUGUAUGUUUUUGUGAUUCAAGUAGCGUAGACAAAAGAAAAGUGGUAUAGAAAAGGGUGAUUCGCAUGUACUAGAUUAGAGGUCUUGGAGGGAUAAUAGUUGAAAGUUGACAGUAAAAUGGAAAUCUCACAGGUAUUGGGU